UGUCCAUAUUUGCUUAUUUCUAAAUUAAGAUGAGAUAUUUAAGUAUUAAAUGUUAUGGAAUUUAAAGAAAAAACUUAUACUUCGAUUUAAUGGAGGCAUAGCUGGCUACAACAACGUUUGUUAUUUAUUGCAUUUUCAUUAUGAUUUACAUUAUUUUACAGGCUCCUAUGGGUUUUUUUUUCAUUCCAUGCAGUUUUCUCCUGAUGUUUGUCGCCACUUUCCCAAUAGUUUUGAAUCUGCAUUUUCCCAAUUAAAUUCUAAGCAAUUGUUAAUUUAAUUAUUUGUUAUUUGUUUGUUUGUUUGUUUGUUUUACAGAUCAGAUUCCGAUCAGAUGGGAUCAGAAUCAGAUCCCACCCCUGCACUUUCCUUAAUCAUUUUUCUUUUCAUUUUUUUUUAAUACUCGCUUACUUAUAACAGGAGAUUUUAAAACAGGUCCCACUGCUACCAAUCUACCAAAGGCAGAGACACAAAAUCUCCUAUUAUCCAGGAGAUCAGUGUGGUGGAGCAGGAAAAACUGGACAACAUGAUGAUCGAAAUGGACGGCACAGAGAACAAAUCUCAGUUUGGUGCAAACGCCAUCCUGGGAGUGUCUCUGGCCAUCUGCAAGGCCGGUGCGGCAGAAAAAGGCGUCCCUCUGUAUCGUCAUAUUGCUGAUCUGGCAGGAAACACAGAACUAGUGCUGCCAGUUCCUGCCUUUAAUGUAAUCAACGGAGGCUCCCAUGCUGGAAACAAGCUCGCCAUGCAGGAAUUCAUGGUGCUUCCUGUGGGGGCCGAGUCGUUCCGUGACGCCCUGCGCGUCGGAGCCGAACUCUACCAGACGCUGAAGGGUGUCAUCAAGGAGAAGUACGGCCAAGACGCCACCAAUGUCGGUGACGAGGGAGGAUUCGCUCCAAACAUCCUGGAGAACAGUGAAGCACUUGAGUUGAUAAAGACGGCCAUAGACAAGGCCGGGUUCACAGAUAAAGUCGUGAUUGGGAUGGAUGUAGCCGCUUCUGAGUUCUACCGUGAGGGGAAGUACGACCUCGACUUCAAGUCCCCUCCAAACCCAGACAGACACAUCACCAGCGAUGAGCUGUUAGAGAUCUACCAGACGUUUGUCAACGAUUAUCCAGUGGUGUCCAUUGAGGACCCAUUUGAUCAGGACGACUGGGCCGCUUGGACUAACAUGACAGGUUCCAUGGGUAUCCAGAUUGUGGGCGACGACUUGACCGUGACAAACCCAAAGAGGAUAGAGAAGGCUGCGGAAGACCGCGCAUGCAACUGUCUGCUCCUGAAGGUCAACCAGAUCGGCAGUGUCACAGAGGCCAUCCAGGCAUGUAAGCUCGCUCAGGCCAACGGAUGGGGCGUGAUGGUCAGCCAUCGCUCAGGAGAGACAGAAGACACUUUUAUUGCUGAUCUAGUGGUGGGACUCUGCACUGGACAGAUAAAGACAGGAGCUCCAUGUAGAUCUGAGCGUCUCGCCAAAUACAACCAACUUAUGAGGAUUGAAGAAGAAUUGGGCGAUCAGGCUCGAUUCGCCGGGCACAAUUUCAGAAACCCUAGCGCUCUGUGAUACCAACACCACCACACCGAAAUCACACAAAAAACAACUGACAAACAGAGUAUGUACUGCACUGAACCGACUGACUGCCCUCAACAUCCCCUAAAAUCAUUCAAAAUGCAUUAAAACAGCACUAUUUGCACUGAUAUACAAAAGAUGACUUAGACACUUAAAGUAUAUAUUCAAACCGAACUGGACUGCGGACAGGCUUUGAUAGACCAAAUAUUAUGCACAGUGGAUCCUGGAGCCAACAUUAUGCACAAGUGAUACUGAAUUACUUGACGGGCAAAACAUGUGCACAGGGUGGACAUGCAUGCGUAGGAUACAGAAAAUGGACCUUUUAAAAAGAAGGAUUUAACUCAGAUGGAAUAAAAGUAGAGGUUUAUUUUAAUCAGGUGUAAUCUUUAAAAUUAAGCUUUGGUUUAGUUGUGAAAUGUAUGUAGAUAAACACAAUCUAGGCUGACUUGCCACACUAAAGAAAUCUAAUGUAAUUUUUACGGUUCAUUGCAUGAGAACUAGGCAAAAAUAUAUAGAUUUUGGAAAAAAAUAAAAUAGUACCUGAAUAUUUAUGCAGGAGUGGGAUUUUCAUGCUGAGAUGAGUGAUACUGACAGUAAAGAAUUCAGGGUCCAGCAUUUACUCCAAAAGACGGUUUAUGACGUCGUUUGCCCAGGGCAUUAGAUGCUUUUUAUCAAACAAUACUCUCUUUCUCAGAUGCUGUUUUUUGUGUCCAUCUCUGACCCAAAAGCAUGCUGAGGAAAAAGAGCCUUUUAAAACACAAACUGUUAUUCAGUCAAAUCAGAAAAUAAAAUAAAAACUCAUUUAAUAUAUGAAACAUUCAAAAUAAUGUAUGUAGAAUAUAUUUAUUUCCAUAAAGAUGCUUCAUUGUUUAAAACAACAUGGGAUACAUUGAACGUUCAUAAGUUUCUGUAUAUCUUUGUCAUUGAUUUGGGAGGUCUAAAAUAUGUCCUCAUAUGUGAUUGUUAUGAUAUUGUUGUCUGAUGGUUCCUUACAUCAAAAAUAAAUAAAUUAAUAAAUUAUAUGUAUAUAUAUAUAUUAGGGCUGUCAGGCGAUUACAAUUUUUAAUCAAAUUAGUUACAUGAUGUUUCGAUUAAUUAAUCGAAUUAAUCGCAAAAUAAAUUUGACUGUGAAAAUACCCACAAAAGAUUAUUUAAAGUAAUUUUUUCUUAAAUGAGAAAGUAUCAAGUAUACAUUACAAAUUGUAGCUUUAGAAACAAAUAUUUUACUUGAUUUAACAUAGAAUAUAUUACAUAAACAUUUAGGCUGCAACGGCCUAACGUAAACUAUGAAACACAACAUUUAAUUUGAGAAACAUCAAUAUUUUUGUUCAUAUGAUGAAAGUCAUUGGUAACCAAAAGAGCUUUCUUACCAACAGUCUUCAAAAUACUUUCUUUCAUGUUCCACAAUUGAAAGUUUUUUUUUAGUGAACGAUCCAUUUAAUGUUUUUCUUUUUCUUUUUUUAAUUAAAUGAUACUCUAAAUAAGAAACUAAAUCUGCCAGCAGGUGGCGGUAAAUGUCUUUAUGAGUCAUUUAUUCAUUUGAUUCUAUCAAACGGCUGAUUCAUUCAGGAAUCAAGUAAAUGGCUCUCUUUAUGAAUAGGCCUUUGAGUCAUUGAUUCACAUGAUUCGUUCAAAACGUGGAAUUAUUCUAAACACAGCUGUGUUGCUCGUAGACGUACAACAAUUCUGCUGUGGCUUCAAAGGUAAUAUAUUCCCUGCAAAACUGAGCAAAAACACAUAAUAUUGUGUUUAAAAUAUAACACUAUCAACUUCUUAUUUACUGAACUGUUGUAUAAAAUCACAUUUAAGCUUGUGAUAGAUUGGGAAAAAAAUUAGCACUCAUGUCGAAUUGCUCUUGCUGCCGUGUGAUAUUGCGUGAUAUAUACAAAUAUGAGACAAAACACAUACAGGGGCAGUUUUUGCACCAAUAUCUUGAAUUUUAGAGCAUAACUGCAUUUGUGCAUCAUAUUUGUCAACAGUCAACUAUAUGAAAUAUAAGAUGACAUACAGGUCUGGGAGCGGGACCAGCGCGUUAACUGCGUUAAAAUAUUUUAAUUGCGUUUUUUUUCAUAACUAAUUAACGUGUUAAACUGACAGCCCUAAUAUAUAUAUAUAUAUAUAUAUAACCUCUAAUAAUAAUAAUUAUAUUCUAAAACAUCUAAUACAUCUGCCUGAUUUUCUCAUGCAAUGACUCUUAAAUGUACUUUCACUUUUUCUUUUACCCUAGAUCUCUAUCCUAAAGGGGAAGUGUACGUUUUCCUUGCAUUUAAUAAACGCUUUAUCUGUAAGUGAGUCAUUUGAAGGUUGAAUCUUGAUCUUGAUUAUUUCUGACUCAACCAAUGAUGCGUGAUUGGGGGCGGGGCUAUUUUUGUCCAAAUAUAAGAAAUGGCGAUAGGAAUAAGACACUUCACUUCUCCUUCAAAAUGAAAGAUCUAAAUCCAGAGGUGAAAGAAGCAGAGACAUAACAUUCACGAUGACAGAUCUGAUUCAGAACUCGACCGACAGACACGCUUACAUGAAUAGAGACAAACACACUCACUCACUUACAUUUGUGUAGCAAAGUCUCACCUUCAACGCACACGACUCCUUAUUCUCUGCCUCCAUGAACUUGCAGUCUGUGUUUGUUCUUUUCUCGUCGUUUCAUCCGUCUCCUCUAACCCUUUCCCUUCUUGUGGUUAUGACUUGGCUUGUUCCCCCGUACCUGAAAUCUUUUUCCUCCCUGAUGACUUAUCUUUUCAUCAUUUUGUGAAAUUAUUGUGGUGAAAGAAGGAAAAGAAAGCAAGAUGGAGAAAAAAAAAAUAAGAAUAAUAAUUAAAAAAUAACUGACAAGACUGUCAAAGAGUAAUGUUAUGGAAUAAUAAAGCUGUCAUUACUUUCGUCAA